AUGGCCAUAAACAACAUUUCAAGAACACCAUCAUCAACCCACCUCCUCCUUCCUCCACCACUCCACCACCUCUACACCACCACCACCGCCGCCGCCGCCGCCGCCGCCGCCGCCGCCUGGUACACUCCGCCGCCGUUUCAAGAACCAGACCCCAUCACCACCGCCCUAUCUCAAGCCAUCCAAAACUCUCCAUCAAAACCCCUCCAAUCCUCCCUCAAGAACCUCCUCCCUCGUCUGAAACCCCAACACAUCACAAACCUCAUCACUCUAAACCCUAACUCUCUCUCUCCUCUCUCUCUCUUCUCUUUCUUCACAUGGCUCUCUUCUCCCACCAACUCCGCCGCUUUCCGCCACACCCUCCAUUCUUACUGCACCAUGAUCCACUUUCUCUGCACCCACCAACUCCUCGUUGAAGCCAAAAGUCUAAUCCAAAUCGUAGUUUCAAGAAAAGGUAAAGAUUCUGCUCCCGAUGUUUUCGCUGCAAUUCUUGAAACCAAAGGUACCCAAAGAUCCGAUAUUUACGUAUUCUCUGGAUUAAUCACUGCUUAUUUAGAGUUGGGUUUUGUCCCCGAUGCUAUUCAAUGCUUUCGAUUAUGUAAAAAACACGAUUUUCGGGUCCCGUUCGAUACGUGUAAAAAGGUGCUUGAUCAUUUGAUGAAUUUGAGGUCUUUUAAUUUGGUUUGGGGUUUCUAUAAGGAGAUUUUGGGAUGUGGGUAUCCACCAAGUUUGUAUUUUUUCAACAAUUUGAUGCACCGAUUCUGCAAAGGAGGUGAAAUGGUGUUAGCUUUGUCGGUUUUUAAUGGAAUUCGGAAAUGGGGUUUGAGUCCUAGUGCUGUUAGUUUCAAUACUUUGAUGAAUGGUUAUAUUAGGGUGGGCGAUAUCGAUGAAGGGUUUCGGCUCAAGAGUGAUAUGGAGGCGAGUGGAAUUCGACCCGAUGUUUAUACUUAUAGCGUUCUAAUAAACGGGCUUUGUAAGGAGAGGAGAAUGGAUAGUGCACAUGAGUUGUUCGACGAAAUGCUUGAGAAUGGGUUGGCUCCUAAUGAUGUUACCUAUACUACGUUGAUUGACGGACACUGCAAAAACGGGAGGGUAGAUUUGGCUAUGGAGAUUUACGAUCAAAUGUUGUCGAAGGGAUUAUCCCCCGAUCUUGUCACAUACAAUGCUAUUAUUAACGGGCUUUGCAAGAACGGAGAUUUAAAGCAAGCGCAAGAUCUUAUUGGUGAGAUGAGUUUAAAGGGAUUGAAACCUGAUAAAAUUACGUACACUACCCUUAUCGACGGGUGUUGUAAGGAAGGAGAUCUCGAGUCUGCAUUUAAGGUUAGAGAAACAAUGAUUAAGCAAAGAAUUCCACUUGAUGAUGUGGCGUACACGGCACUUAUAUCCGGUUUGUGUAAAGAAGGGCGAGAAGUUGAGGCCGAGAAAAUGUUGAGGGAAAUGUCGAGGCUCGGUUUUAAGGCCGACGACGAAACGUAUACAAUGAUUAUUAACGGGUUUUGUAAGAAGGGAGAUGUGAAGACGGCUUCGAAGAUGCUCCGUGAGAUGCAGAGUGAUGGGCGUAAGCCGAGUGUUGUGACUUACAAUGUGCUUAUGAACGGUUAUUGCAAACAAGGGCAAUUGAAAAACGCGAAUGUUCUACUAAUUGCGAUGAUGAAUCUUGGGGUUGUGCCCGAUGAUGUCACGUAUAAUAUUUUAUUGGAAGGGCAUUGUAAGUACGGGAACCCGGACGAUGUUUCGAACUUGCGUGGUGCGAAAGGGCUUGUUCUUGAUUACGCGUCGUAUAAUUCGGUGAUUGGUGGCUUGAGUAAAGCCUCGAGGUGUCGAUCCAAGGUUUGAUGUAAUUUGAGAACAAGAAAAAAUAAAAUGAAACUUUUGAAGCUAAUAUUUAACCACUUGUGAAUGGUUCUUGAUGUUUGGUUACACAUUUGUGAUUUAUGUAAUAUGAGAAUUGGCUUUUGGUGUUAUGAUUGAUUGAUAUAUAGAAGUUUGGUGAAUUUCAAUAUAUAUAUUUUUUUAAGAGAAAGAA